UUUUAUUUUGCGGUAAUGAUGCAACUAACACGAAAUUAACACAAAGAAGCCAUAGCUUCCUUCCAUUGGAGAAUCAUUAAAUAAGACAGGUCCUAGUGCCAUAAGCCAUGGUCAUACUCUCUCUCUCUCUCUCUCUCUCUGCAUGGAAAUGUAUCUGAUAUAACCACAACAACGGUUAAUUUGCCUCCUCUCCCACUUCAACGCCAAGCCUUUCGAUAGAUCCAUCAAAGCCUCCUUCUCUACGUCCAAGGUCUUUGCUGCAGACAUGCCCAGAUCCUAUUUAGCCAGAGGGCUCAAGUUUAUUGCUGAUGAUGUGUUGAGGAAGCAAGGAAGAAAUUAUUCAACUGGUGGUUGCAGAAGGCUAGAAGGCAAGGUGGCUUUAAUAACAGGAGGUGCGAGUGGCAUUGGUAAGACCACAGCCCACGAAUUCAUCAAGCAUGGAGCACAAGUCAUAAUCGCUGACAUGGAUUCACAAAUUGGUCCACAAGCUGCCAAAGAGCUGGGUCCUGCAGCCCACUUUGUCCAGUGCGACGUCACAGCGGAAGCUCAGGUGGAAAAGGCGGUGAUGAUUGCCAUGGCAGACUACGGCAAACUUGACAUCAUGUACAACAACGCGGGGGUAGCAGGGCCAUCUUUUCCACCGAGCAUUGCAGACCUUGAUCUAAAUGAAUUCGACAAGGUCAUGCAAGUCAAUGUCAGAGGCACAGUGGCGGGGAUAAAGCACGCCGCACGAGCGAUGAUACCGGCAGGCUCAGGGUGUAUUCUCUGCACGUGUAGUAUCAGUGGACUCAUCGGCGGGGCUGGCUCGCAUUCCUACUCAGCGUCAAAAUCUACAAUCCCUGGGGUUGUCAAGUCUGUGGCCAGCGAGCUAUGCAGGAAUGGCAUUAGGAUCAACUGCAUUUCACCGGGUCCGAUUCCGACCCCACUCUCCUUGGCUCAGAUAGGCCUGAUUUAUCCACGCGCCACCCAAGAACAGUUGGUUGAGAUCGUGAAUGGGCUAGGGCAGCUGGAGGGGGCUAAGUGUGAAGAAGCAGAUGUGGCCGAAGCUGCUCUGUAUUUGGCAUCAGAUGAAGCAAAGUACGUAACUGGGCAUAACCUUGUUGUGGAUGGAGGGUUCACCUGCUUUAAAAAUCUUCCAUUCCCUUCUCCUCAUGAGAUUCUGUAACUGAUAUCUUCCAUUUUCACACCUUUUGGCUUGAUCAUCAAUCAAUUUGAGCUCUUCUUCUUCUUU